AUGAGCGAAGAUGACGAGCUCGAGGGCUUUAUGGUGGAGAUCGACAUCCUCAGUGAGAUGCGCCACAAGAACGUCGUCCGCCUCAUCGACGCGUACCUUUUGAAGAAGCAUCUCUGGAUGCUGCUGGAGUUCUGUGACGGCGGCGCGGUGGACUCGAUCAUGGUGGAGCUGGACCGGGGCCUGAAGGAGCCGCAGAUCGCCUAUAUCGCUCGCGGCAUGGUGGAAGGUCUUGAAUACCUUCACAACAACAACGUCAUCCACCGCGACAUCAAGGCCGGCAAUGUGCUGCUCACCACCGACGGCGGCGUCAAGCUCACCGACUUCGGCGUUUCGGCCAAGAACAAGCACAACGCUCAGAAGCGCACCACGUUCAUCGGCACGCCGUACUGGAUGGCGCCCGAGGUGAUCGUGUGCGAGACGUCGCCCACCGAGACGUACGACCACAAGUCGGACGUCUGGUCGCUGGGCAUCACCAUGAUCGAGUUCGCGCAGAAGGAGCCGCCCUACAACGAGCUGAACCCGGUGCGCGCCAUGCUGCGGAUACAGAAGUACGACCCGCCCGCGCUGGACCGGCCCAGCCAGUGGAGCAAGGAGUUCAGCGCUUUCAUCGGCGCCUGUCUCAAGAAGGCGCCCGCCGGCCGGCCCGACGCCGCAGACCUGCUGCAGAUGCCGUUCAUCGACCGCACGCUGGACAACAAGCCGGUCCGGGAGCUGCUGCUCGAGUACAAGGCAGACGUCGACGAGGGCUUCGAGGAUGCCGCCGAGGAGGACAGCCGCGUGUCUCGGGUGAGCGACUCGCUGCUGCUGGGUCCGUCCGAGGAGGAGGAGGAGGAGGGGCUCCUCAGAGUCUGCUGCCGCCAGCGCGGAGUCAACGUCCCUGCCGGCGACUCAGACUCCCCCGCCGUCGGCUCCCACUUCCCCGCCGUCGGCUCAGACUUCUCCACCUUCGACUCAGAGUUCCCCAGCAAGCCGCAGCCGGAGCCGACGCACGUGUCCGUGGUGCAGGUGGAGCCGGAGCGAGAGCGGUCGCCGGACGCGGGCUCUGCGACGGCGCUCUCGCCCUUCACGUCCAUCACACUGCAGGGCACCACUGUGGGCAGCUCGGACGUGGACCACUUGGCGGAGGAGACCAGCCUCUCCCCCGGACACAGUCCGCUGCCGGCCCGGGUACGGCUCCGUGGUGUAACCAAGGCGUCGGCUGAACCAGGUCCUAUCCACCAGCUGCCUUCGCAGUACAGCCACCAUGACGACGCAAUGUAG